CAUGUGAUCCAUCACAUGACAGCAGAUCUGCAGAAAGGCGGAAUGGGACUCCAAGGCUGCCUUCUAGGGCUCCUUGCCCUCAUCAUCACUGGCAAAUGCAGUUACAGCCCGGAACCUGAUCAGCAAUGGACGUUGCCCCCAGGCUGGGUGUCCCUGGGACGUGUGGACCCUGAGGAAGAGCUGAGUCUCACCUUUGCCUUGAGACAGCGGAACGUGGACAAGCUCUCGGAGCUGGUGCAGGCUGUGUCGGAUCCUGGCUCUCCUCGCUACGGAAAAUACUUAACCCUAGAGGAAGUCGCUGAGCUAAUCCGGCCAUCACCACUAACCCUCCACACUGUCCACAAGUGGCUGUUGGCAGCUGGAGCCCGGGAGUGUGAUUCAGUGACCACACAGGACUUUCUCACUUGCUGGCUGAAAGUUCGACAGGCAGAGCUGCUACUCUCUGGGGCUGAGUUCCAUCGCUAUGUGGGAGGCCCUGCAGCGACGCGUGUUGUAAGGUCCCCACAUCCCUACCAGCUCCCUCAGGCCUUGGCUCCUCAUGUGGACUUUGUGGGGGGACUGCACCGCUUUCCCCCAAUAUCAUCCCUGAGGCAACGCCCUGAGCCACAGGUGGCAGGCACUGUUGGCCUGCACCUGGGAGUGACCCCUUCAGUGAUCCGUAAGCGAUACAACUUGACUGCACAAGAUGUGGGCUCCGGCACCACCAACAACAGCCAGGCCUGUGCCCAGUUUCUGGAGCAGUACUUCCAUGACUCAGACCUGGCCGAGUUCAUGCGCCUCUUUGGUAGCAACUUCCCACACCAAUCAUCAGUAGCCCGAGUGAUCGGAAAACAGGGCCGGGGCCGAGCUGGGAUUGAGGCCAGUCUGGAUGUGGAAUACCUGAUGAGUGCUGGUGCAAACAUCUCCACCUGGGUCUACAGUAGCCCUGGCCGUCAUGAGGGACAGGAACCCUUUCUUCAAUGGCUCCUGCUGCUUAGCAAUGAGUCCACCCUGCCGCAUGUGCAUACCGUGAGCUAUGGAGACGAUGAGGACUCUCUCAGCAGUGCCUAUAUCCAACGGGUCAAUACUGAGUUCAUGAAAGCUGCUGCUCGGGGGAUCACCCUACUUUUUGCCUCAGGUGACAGUGGGGCCGGCUGUUGGUCUGUCUCUGGAAGACACCAGUUCCGACCUAGCUUCCCUGCUUCCAGCCCCUAUGUUACCACAGUGGGAGGCACAUCUUUCCAGAAUCCUUUCCUUGUCACCAAUGAAAUUGUUGAUUACAUCAGUGGUGGUGGCUUCAGCAAUGUGUUUCCACGGCCUUCAUAUCAGGAAGAAGCCGUAACCCAGUUCCUGAACACAAGUCCCCAUCUGCCACCACAAAGUUACUUCAAUGCCAGCGGCCGUGCCUACCCAGAUGUAGCUGCACUUUCUGAUGGCUACUGGGUGGUCAGCAACAGAGUGCCCAUUCCGUGGGUAUCUGGAACUUCGGCCUCCACCCCAGUAUUUGGAGGACUCCUAUCCUUGGUAAAUGAGCACAGACUCCUCAGUGGUCGUCCCCCUCUUGGCUUUCUCAACCCAAGGCUCUACCAGCAGCAUGGGGCAGGACUGUUUGAUGUAACCCAUGGCUGCCAUGAGUCCUGUUUGAAUGAAGAAGUGGAGGGUCAAGGUUUCUGCUCUGGCCCUGGCUGGGAUCCUGUAACAGGCUGGGGAACACCCAACUUUCCAGCUCUGCUGAAGACAUUACUCAACCCUUGACCUGUCCUUGCCCUACAGCUGGUGGCUCAGUCUCUGACAGGGCCCUGGAGGAAAUUCUGCCAAGCCCUCAAAUGCUGGCUGCUUCUGUUCAUCUCCCUAACCCUGAAAUGCUGUGAGCUUGACUUGAUUCCCAGCCAUACUCCAACCCAUCAACAUACUCAGGUCUCCCUACUCUUGCCUCAAGUUCUCAAUAAGACACUAUAACCAGUGCUCUUGUGGCUGCCUCCUCUCUUCCCCUCUUUAACCAGGCCUUUCCCAUGGGAUCUCUACACUGACUGAUACUGAGAAACAGCAGCUUUCCUGCUGCUUCGUCCACUGCACACUUGCCAAUCUUUGCUUUCCAUCGUGGUCAGCUUCUGCCCUGGCAUCCAGGAUUUAGCCUUUCUCUGACCAUUCAUCUCUCCUUCCUUCAUGGGCUUCUCUUUUUCUGCUUCCUCUUAGAGUAUCAGAGUUCUUCACCACUCCUUUUUAAAUCUUUUCUUCAUCUCACUUUACUCAUAGUCCCAUAGAACAAAUCAGUGGCAUGUACAGCCAUCACUAUUUCACUAAACGAGACUUUCCGUACAGUAGUAGUUAGAUGCCUCAAAUACAGGAUGUGUGACACUCAAUACUUAUCUCCUACCAUCUCAGUCCCAAACCAAUUCAUCUAUUAUUUGUCUCUGGUAAACUAUAUUCUGUGUCUUCCAACCGAGCCUAAAAUCUGUGCCGUCCUGACACCUAUUUCCUUCACUUGCCAUCACAGUCAAUCAACAACUCCAUCUGAUUUGCCUCUUAAAGCCAAAGUCUAAAUCCAACUACAAUUCCUUCCAGUUACACUUAAGUGUAUUUGGAAUUUAGCCAUUCUCUCCAUUCCCACUGCCACCAUAUUAGCUUUGACUAUAGUCUCUCUCCUCAGAAUUCUAGGAGGCCCUUACAAAUACAGUGUCCAAGCUACCUACCCAAUCUUGAUCUGUCUUCUAGAGUAAAAUGUAAAACUCUCCAGGCCAAAACCUUGAUCAAAACCUUUCAGAGAUUAUGGGUAAAGUUCAGGCUUGGUUCACAAACCUUCCUCUGCUAUUUGUUCCUGAAAACAAAUAAUUUUUCCUCCCAUUUUUACAACCCCCUAAGGAACUCACUCUAGUUGAAGCCAUUGUGUCCCGUUAAUGCCACCCUUGAUACAAUGGCCUGGUUCAUUUCCAGGAUUCUUUCAAGACCACUCUAAAGUCAUCCUCUUGUAUGAAGGCUUUGAUUAUCCAAGGUUAACUGAUUUUUGUGUGGCAGAAAGAUCCUAGAGUUUUGGAAAAAAACUUUGUUGAGUUUUCCAACACAGAGAGCCUUGAGCAAGUGACUAUCUCCUUGAACCUGUUUCCUGUCAUCAAUACCUGCCUUUCAUAACAAUCAGGGAAUAAUUCUGCGGAAUAAUGCCAGUGGAGCACUGGCAGCUGGAAGUAGGCGGCAGAUGUUCCCCUUCUCCCUUGCACUGCAAACACUGUGCCUACCUCUAGCACUGUAACACCAACAUGGUAUUAAAUUGCCAGUUUACCUCUCUUUCCAAGACCACUGGUGCCUAGAAGACUAGAGUCUUGCCCAACUCAAUUUUAUUUCCAGUCCCUGGCUCUGGAAUCGGCAAAUGCAAAUUAAAUAAACAUUUGUUGAAUAGAAAA